UGCAUAAUAGAAAAGAUGCACAAAGUUCAUUAGCACAAGAAAUAGGUGAUGUUAGGUGAUCGACUUGAAUACUUAUCGAAACAGUUAUCGAUCGAAUUGGUAUGACACAUGCCACCGCCCUACGCCACACUUAUAUUUAGGUAAGCCGACUCUUUGAUUUGUCAGGACGUCAAAGCAAUGCCACGUACUAGGCUUUAAAGUUGAUUCAGCAUACGCUCUUACUGAUGAAUUACAAUACAUUUAAUCAUAUAACUUCGUAGACCGCGUAUCUCGAAGCGUUUAAGCAUUUUUUAUAUUUAUGUUAAACUACUACUUUGUAUUGUGUGUGAAAAGAACUCGAAUUGGACAAAUAAAAUAUGAACUCUUUCAAAAUAUAAUAUUCUAAUGUAAUAACAUGAGAAAAGGAAAUUAACUUUUUAGAAUUCUGUAAAAUGUAUAUAAUUCUGGGGGAAUUCUCUUGCAUGCAGUUUCAUAACUGUGAUGAUAAUUAUCGAAAUGAACUAAAAAAAGAAACGAUAUUUAAACAAAGAUCGAAGAUCAGUUUAUAUUAUGAAUAAUCCUAUAGUCUGUAUCAAACGAUAAAUAAUAAUCUAGAUAUUAAAUUUCACAAGAGAUUUCUCGGAAUGUGAUGGAAUUAAAAUUUUUAUAUAGAUUAUAUCGGUUUUAUCGUAUAUAUAGAUAAUUAUUUUAUAAUUUUAAGGAUACGCUAUAUCUAGUUAAAGUUUCAUUAAAAAAAUAAUAUUACUUAUUUUUAUUUUUCAUGAAUGCACACAAAUUUAAUUAUACAGCAUAGAAAAAUUUUCCGUAUUUAUUAAUCAUGCUUUAUCUCACAACAUUUUUUACAUUAAUAUUUUUGUUAUAACAUUCAUUAUGUAAAAAAUUCCAUGUAUGAAUUCAUCGGAUUUAAAAGGAAAUCCAAAAGGAAAAAACUCAUAAAAAGAAAUAAAUAGAUUGAAAAUUGUUAAAUAUAGUCAUUUAAUUUGAUGAACUAAGAAGGAUUUCAUUAUCAAAACAAAUUUUUGAAACAAGUCACUUGGAAUAAAUUUUAAAUUUUGGAAAGAAGAAUAUUUAUAAAAAAUAUUUGUUUAAAUAUGAUUGUUGUUUUGAGCGGAUUAUAAAUAUAGAAUAAGAGUGAAAAUGUUCCUUCAAGAAGAAAUUUUUACAAUAAUAGUAAUUUAAUGUUUACCGCUAUAAUAUAAACAUAAUAUAUUAUAUUUUGGAAUAGAAUAUUGUUUAAAAAGAUGUUUAAACAUUUAGAAGUAUUGUUUAAACAUAGAAGGAUCAUCACUUUAAUAAAUAUCUGGAAAAGAAAAAAACGUCGAACGAUAAUCUUAAAUAUAGAUCUAUAUAGAUCUUAAAUAUAGAAAGAAUUAAUAAAAUAAGAUCCAUGAUGCAGUUGGAAGAAGAGUUAAAAUUAUUGAAUAUUAAUCCAUGUGUCAAAUGUAUUGGAGAAAAAAAACUGAUUUACGAUUGUUUAAAUAAGGAUCAAAAGAAAGUAUAUGAGGAUAUAUGCAAUUUAUUUAAGAAAAAAGAUAAUGCAAUUAUUGUGAUUAAUACUCCAAGCGGGACCGGUAAAACAUUUCUUUUAUCUACUUUCGUCGCAAAUUAUGAGAAACCCGUAACAUAUAUUACAUUCAGAAAAGACCAAGCAAGUGAAAUUUCAUUGAAGAAGAUUAAAACAUACACGUAUAUAUCCUUUAAUAUGCAUUAUUUCAAUCUAUCAUAUCAUGGUGCGAUUCAAAUGUUUAAAUCGUGCGGAUCUGACGAAGUCAAAGAACUUCAUAAUUUAAUAGUAUCAUCUAAAAAAUUUGUCUGUGAAGACACAGCUAUUUUUAUUAUAGAUAUGUAUACUAUAUUAUCGCCAAAUAUGUUGCUUUUGUUAUAUAUACUAUCGCUUAAACAUCGACUGCAUUUAAUUUUUGCUGGAUAUCACAUGCAGUUAAAUGGAAUCAAUAAAUCUUUAUAUCAUAAUGAAAACAAUUUUCACAUUAUUCAGAUAUUUAACGAUUUGAUGAUAAAUCAAUUAACUAAUACACGAAUAUGUGAUACUGUACUUGAAGAUAAAUUGACGUGUUUUCAAAAACUUAUUCAACAAUUCAAACCUGUUGGAAAUAUCAAAUUUUAUUAUAAUUUGCGUUAUUUCUUUUAUUCUCUUUUUCGAUCAAAAUAUUUCACUGAGGAACGUUUUGAUACUGUUUAUAUAGCUCAAACUCAUCGUAAAAUUACAAUGCGUUUAUCUCGUUUUAUUCAAUAUUUGCAGUCGAUAGGAAAACCGUAUGUUGAAGCGCCAUAUUUCUAUCAUGAUUCAAAUGAUUUUAUCGUGCCUCUUUUUCCAAAACGUAAAGAAUCAAAGAACGUAAGGAUGAAAUUUUUUCCUACUUUGAUAUUAGUAGAAGGAUACAAAUAUAUAUAUAUUAACGAAGAUGGCAUUAACAAUAUUGUUGUAUUGGAAAAUAUAGUGUACGAAGAUAAUGAAAUUAAAUGUUUAAGAAUUCGUUUUGAAAAUAAUUAUAAUCGUAUUGAAGAAAUCAAACGAAUCAAACUUAAUUAUUAUCAGAUUUUACCAGCCUAUCGUCUUUGGUUAUUGAGGAAUGUUAUACAUACAGAUGAAUUAUGGCAAUUUCCUUUACGUCCUUACACGCUAACAUAUCAUGCUGCUUUAGGACGUACAAUUGAAAAAAUAAAAGUAGAGCUAAAUAUUGAGAAUUUUGCCAAUUUUUUGUACAUUGGUCUUAGUUGUAUACGUCACGAAUCUGAUAUCCAUAAAAUUCAUGAUGAACAAAAUCUUUUAAGCUAUAUGGUAACAGAUUAUAUGGAAAAUGUACGAAAUGAUACUAAAUAUUAUUACAAUUGUCCAGUGAUAGAAUAUGACAAACAAGAAAUUUUGGCGUGUAUUACUAAUAAAAGGCCUAAUAAAUUUAUAGAUAAUAUUAAUUGGACAACUGUCAAUUGUGUGAAUUUAUUUGAAAAAAAUAACGUAUUUUUACGUAUUGCACGUAGUGUAUAUCAAGAAUCAUUACUUGAAAAAAAAGAAGUAAAUACACCAUUGAUGCAAAUUGCAAAAUUUGUCAAAAAAAAUCCACAUGUAAUACUUGAAACGAUUAAAAUGGUAAAAUUGAAGAAAAAAGAAGAUAUCGAAUCAUUAGUUUAUUUAAGAAAUGAAUAUUAUCAAUGGCUUGCUGCAACUGAAAAAAGCGAUUAAAAAUUUGCAAGUAAAUAUAAGAAAUUGUUACUUUAAUUUUGAAGUUAAUAUUAUUGAAAAUAUUAAUUUUUUUAAAGAUAUAACUUAAUAUUUUUUACAUAUAUAUAUAUAUAACUUUAAUAAAUUUAAAAAUUUUUGAUAUAUACUAUUUUUAUAAUUAAUAUAAAAGGAAUAUUUUAUAUUUUUAUACUCAAAAAUAUAUUUUUAUAUUAUAA